UGCCAGUGAUACUUGGCGCAACAUUUCACUGCGUAUCGCUAAUACCGCACAAUUAUUCUAGUGCUAGUUGUCUAUGGUAUUUGCUGGUACAUGAGCAAUAAUUUAAAAAUGCUUUGAUGGUAUCUCAAUGUUACGGUCACCACAAGUGUUAGUCCGUGGAAUUGUGACAACAAUUAACUAUGGUUAUCACACUGUUAUUGGUAUUAUUGAUUGGUAGCCAGCCUGCGAAGUUCAACGUCAAAGGUCAAUGCACUAUUGGUGAAACUACAUGCAACGAUGACAAUGGGAUGGUUUGUUAUGAUGAAAUCUGCGAUAAUUCCAAUGAUUGCCAGGAUACAUCAGAUGAAACGACUAGUAGCUGUAUUUGGAAAGGAUUGCUUAAAAUCGAGUACAACUUCACCAUAUGGGUAGAACACGUCAACGAUGGCCACAACCAGUUCAGUCAAUUCUUCGGUAGGCUGGUAGGGGAUACCACUUCCAUACAGUUGACAGAAGAGAUUGAUGAAGAUAUUUAUACGUUUGCUAUUGAUCAUAACAUUAAGGCCAUAUUUUACGCAGACUCAAAACACAAACAGAUCAAACAAAUUCGGUAUGAUAAAUUACCUAGAGUGAAAACUAUUUACACUGGAACAUCUAGUAAAGUAACAGAUAUUGAUAUUGACAUAAUAUCGCAUAAUGUAUAUUGGAUAGAUGACCAGUACAAUGCCAUUGUUAUAUUAGAUUAUGAAGGAACAUAUCAUCGACAAAUAAUAACGGGAUUAGAUAAACCAAUAGGAUUAGCUAUUGAUUCGUAUCACGGCCACGUAUACUGGAGUGACUGUAGUGACAGUACUCCGAGAAUUGAAAGGUGCACGUUGUCAGGGGAUGGCAGAGAGACAUUUUACAACAUCACAUCAGGAUGUCCUACGGGAAUUACAGUUCAUAACGACAGGUUAUUUUAUUUAGAUACUAUUAACCAUCAUCUGAUCGAACUAAAUCUAUAUAGCGAUGCUGAUCCUGUGGUGAUUUGGAAGGACACAAACACGCCUGAGAUGUCAUUGAGGGAUGUAGCUGUAUCUGUGACUAGUUAUAUCUUAACUAAUUCCGCCAACAAAGAAAUAAUAGAAAAAGGCGGCGAGUUAUUAAUUAAAAGCACAAAUGGUACACCGUACGCUAUCCAGUAUAUUUCACCACAGGACUUUACUGACGAUUCGUGUUCAAAUUCCUCAUGUGAUCAGCUAUGCACUAUAGACGUGAGCGCCCCGCAGUGUUUAUGUGGACAAGGCUACGACCUAAUCAUCGAUAUCUACUCGACUAGCUGCCAACCAGACGAAAUGAUUAUCUCACGUUCGGAGUUCAUCUUGGCAAACGACACCCACAUACUGGGUUUACCGGGCAACUUCAUCGAUAUACAGCCAGCUAAUUACCUAAUACAUUCGAUAAGUAAGACUGCUAGAGUCACGGCAAUUGACUUCAAUUGGUCGCUAAAGACGUUAUAUUAUUCAACUCAGCGCGGUGUUUAUAGUCUGUUAUUGGAUAAAGGGCAUCAACCUUUAAGGAUCAAUAACGACGAGACAGUCAAAGCUCUCGCAGUGGACUGGUAUUCAGGCAAUGUAUAUUACGUGGGUGAAGAAGGUAUAACAGUUUCAACCCAUGAUGGCGCUGUUUUCGAAGCACUUGAAUCCAUUGACCUGCUUGUGACAGAUAUAGCUGUUCAUCCUGGUCAGAUGUCGUUAUUUGUUAGUAGUUGGGAUGAAGACCGGGGUAAAAUACUCAAAACGUAUCUUGAUGGAAGUAAUCAAACUGUACUAUACGAAAACUCCAAUAUGAAACCGGUCGCAAUCACCGCUAACUAUAACUUUGAAAGAUUGUAUUGGUAUGAUGUGAUCAGUAAGCGAAUCAUGUCGAUCGAUUUUUAUGGAAAUGACGUCCAUAUGGCAGACCCACUAGGAAUAUCGUUUACUGAUAUCACUUUAUUUCAGAAUUAUCUAUACUGGUCUGAUGCAAGUAAAAGCAGUGUCAAUGCCGUAUCUCUGAAUAACAACACAUCCCACAUUAUGUCAGUAAACACGACUGGUGCACCACGUACCAUCGUUAUGUUUGACGAGAGUCGUCAGCCACAGGGUGAAACGGCAUAUAUAUGCAGUGACGAUUGUGAUAGGUUAUGUUUAGUGUCACCAUCUGGUUCUUCGUGUGUUGGGACAAGGAUUGGUACAACCGUGUAUCCCACUAGUCAACAAACAGCGAUCAUCUCGCUAACUGCUGAAUCGCUGCAAACAACACAGUCAGACGUCACAGAAUUCCUAUCCGAAACGAUUAACGAGGAAGUAUCUGAGACUUACACAGUGACUGUCGAGUUCACAGAAGACAAAACUACCCACAUGUAUAACGCCACGCAACCCACAACAAUAAUAAAAGAUGAACACACAACAAUUGAGAAAAUAACUGAAGUGACGACAGAAGAGCAAACAACAGACGUAACAGUAACAACAACACCAAGUCCCAUAACUGCGUUCACAACGACAACAGUAACCACAAGACAAAAUCCCACAACAGCGUCCCCAACGACAACAUUAACCACAAGACCAAGUCCUACAACAGCGUUCCCAAUGACAACAGUAACCACAAGUUCUGCAACAGCGUCCCCAGCGACAACACAAUCAACUCCACUAACCACAAGAAAGACAGGAGCUAUUACACAAUCGAAACUUCCAAAUAUCAUUCCAGAUGAAAAUGCGCCUGAACUGGAUCACUGCGAUGAGAAAAUCACAGCUGAAACUACGAAAUUACCGGUCAAGGUGAAGGACUUGACUGGGCCAAUAUUUAUCGACGACGAGGGAAGUGACGUAUAUGUGACGUCGGAUAUUUCCGUUAUCAAAGUCUGGGGUGAAUCUACAGUUACUUAUACCGGCUGCGAUUCUGCUGGCAAUUGCGCUCCCGACACCUGUCAAACGAUUGUCGAGGUCAUUUAUCCAAGGUGUCCGUCAUUGUCAAACCCCACCAAUGGAGAAUUACGUUGUACGGAGGUUGAGUUUGAAAUAUUAUGUAUGGUGGUGUGUGAUCCCGGUUUUGCGCAACCCAAUGGUGUUUCCACUGAAUGGAGUUGCACUACAAACACUGGCGACGGGCAGUGGAUUCCCGGUAACAACGUCCCACCAUGUCAGAAAACCACUAGCAAGCAAGCCGCAUUCUCUGGUUCAUUUCCAUUCGAAGGACGUACUACAGACAGUUUUAGUGUCGAGGUUCUCGGCCAGUCUUUUGCCAAGUCUCUAACUGCAGGCCUCGCAGUAUGUGCAUCGAAGGUUGCCUAUUGCUCCGUAUUUUUAGGAGAAUCGACUGGGGUUUCUAGAGGAGGGCGAAGUAUCUCACAAAAAAGGGAACCUGUCGUGAGAAAACGAGAAACACCAAUAUCCACCGACUCCACUACAAUACUCAAUUUUACAAUGACAGCUGAACU